GUUCUCGGCUUCAGCAUGAAACCAAACAUGCUCAAUAUAACUUUGAUACCAGUUCUGGCCAUAGGCUUCCAAGGGAAGGAAAAACCUGUGCACUGCUCAGAACGUGGCCAAGCCAAUGAAAUGUAGCCCUCGUUAAAUAAAACACAUCAACGGUUUUCACCAACGGUUGCAAUAAAUCGGUGCGGUGCCAACAUGCACAUGGAAACAGGGCCAAUUUUUCCAUUUAGUGUCCCUGCAAUCAUCUUUUUUGGCUCAGUUUGGGAUUUUGCACGAUUGUGGACCUCAUGGCUGCUGAGUUUCAAGUUAUUACAUUCCCUUCUCCGACGUUUGAGAAAGUUGGGUUGGCUCAAGUUUGGCAGGGAAGGGCUAGUUCUCUGCCAUUAAUGGCCCUAAAGUCAGGCAGAAAUUCAGCAGGGGCAUCUUUUCCUGCCUGAGAAAAGAUUCAGAAGUGCUGAUAAGCGAAGAUUCAUUACCCAUCCUCAACCCUUGGUUUGUUGUUUGGCUGUGAACUGGAGGUUGUUCAUCAUGGUUUGUUAUCUUGGUGGGUUCAGACAGCAUGAGAACUGACCUCUCCACCAUGACCCAUGGUUCAGUGCCAAGCCACAUGCGACCUAUUCUCAACACUCGUGUGCGGUUUGUCAUCUCCUCUGGACCCAGUCAUUACCUGGCAGUAAUUCUCGCGAAGUUGGCCCGCAAUUUCCCAUCACUUGCCACCUGGCACUUUUUCCAAGAGGCCUUGAAAGGGAGCCAGGGCGGUUCUGCGGUGGUUUUACUCCAAGGAUGCCUCCGAUUCAGGCGGGUUCCAUGAUCUGCCUUGGGAAUGCCUUCUAUAUCCUCCUUGCUGGAGGAGGCGGCAGCCACGGCAAACUUCUCCCGUCCUGCAGGAGUACGUGGCGGGCAUGGGGUGGUCAGGACAGCGGUCCACCUCUGGCAGGGGCAGCGCCACCAAAAGACCCGCCUCUGCCAGGCGGUAAAAGGCCUUUCCUGGAUGCUCUCCGAGGUCCUGACACAACUCCCGCCUUCUCCGACACCACCCAGAACACCCAGCUCGGUUUUUCGAGGGCUGGCACCUGGUCCGCAGAACACCUUUGACAGCCUAACUGGCAGGUAGAAAUAAGGCAGGUGAAGUAUCUUGCACCUUGGCAAUGUCUGUCUGCCAGGCUGCAUUUCAGGCACAGAAGCUCCUGAAUUUCUAAUAAACAUUAGAAGUAUUAGAUUAAAUAUGAUCUAAUCUUUAAGAAGUUCUGGCAUGGAAUGCUAGAUGCUGGAACCUGCAGCAAAAUUUUGCAGUAUAUCCUCACCUCCGAACAGGGUGCAGUGCUUCAGGGUUGUAGCCUGCCGUGACCUUCCACGCUUCGUUCCAUUCUCUCCUUUUCCUUUUCCAGAGGAUCCUAAGCUUUCCAUGGGUAUUGAGAAAAAUCCAUUCUUUGGGGGUAGCUUAUAGGGCAGGGGGAAGGACGGUCUCUUGCAUGCUUUAAAAAUUGCCUCUGCAGACUCCUCUGAACAUGCUGUGACUUCUCUCUCGUUUUUCACAUGCCCUGUUUUCUCGUGGGCAUUUGCAUCAGAGAGCUCAAUGAAAUCAGCCAGUUAGUACAUUUCUGCUCCUCCACAUCUACCAAAAUGUUUUCCCAAUUUAUUUGUAAGCCGGCACCACAGAAAAUUGGGAAGUGCUAAGUAAUGAGCGCUUUUAAUUCAUUUCUCCUUUCAUUUCUAAGAAACAAAAGAAGAAACAAAGAGAGAAUUUCUAAAGAAAUCCAGGGAAACGGAUACAAUUCAUAAGCCUCUAUGUGCAUCUUUUGUACCUUAGCUGGACAAACGCAGUGCAGUAGCUAUUUUUGGAAGACAUUUCAAAAAUAGCUAUUUUUGGAAGCUAUUUCUGUGUUUUGCAAGUAAUACAAUUGCACCAUUUUGCUGAGAAAUAAGCGAGCCCUUUGCCCCAGAUUCCUGGUUUUUCAAGCCACCCAGUCCCUCCGGGAUGUCCUCCUGCCGCCUGUGCAAACACCUCUAGGACGGGACGCUUCCAGAGCAAAGGCUAUUGGGACUCUUUGCCGAGCCCUCUGGCCGCGGCUUGCUCUGCUCUCCAAAGCGCAGGAUCCGGCGUGCCGCUUGCACCGCUCGUCAAGAUGCCGGAUCGCUUGUAUGUUGAACCGAAGCCCGGAGACCUCAUAGAAAUUUCCCGCCUCGGCUACCAACACUGGGCCAUCUAUGUGGGUUCGGGUUACGUGAUCCAUCUGACUCCUUCAGGUGAGUUAAAACAAAGCAGGCUGUCCAGCUUCUUGUCCAUUGUGUCGGAUAAAAUGGUGGUGAAGAAGGCACUCCUGUGGGAAAUCGCCAGGGGAGACGUCUGCCAGGUCAACAACAAAUACGAUCGCAAGCACCGGCCCCGUCCCGCCCGCAAAAUCGUCCGGGAGGCAGAACUGCUCUUGGGAAAGGAGAUGCACUACAGCUUGACCAGCAGCAACUGUGAGCAUUUUGCCACACGCCUGCGCUAUGGGAUGGCGAGGAGCGACCAGGUGAGAGACACCUUGAUUGUGAGUACGGUGGGCGUCAUUGGCGUCGGGGUAGCUGUGGUUGUGACAACGGCGAUUGGCCUUAUCCUGGAGUCCAGCAGGUGCAUCAAGGACUGAACAGCCCAUGUUUUCAUCCUGUGUUUUUCUCUGUGUUUGGGCAUCUUCCCCUGUUCAGCUUAGCCUGCACUUUCAUCCUGGUGCUCCUUAAUUCAAUACUCUGAAAGAUGGACAGUGCGUAACAAGCCGUCUUAAUCCGUCUAAGCAAGACAUCCAGUAUCCGAGUCUGGAUUUUGGUUUCCUUUUGUGAUUCUGCGCUUAUACUGGGAAUAUUUGGAAUAGCUUCUUAGAAUGCAGUGGGAGACAUCAGACUUCCAGGGUCGUUUGCAUUUCCCCCAGUCCCCAUACUUAAAAACCUGUAAAAAUAAAUAUAAAUAACCAUGUGGGUAUCCGGAGCACUGAAAUGGCACCUGCCUUGUGUGCAGGGUAGAGCUGACUGUUUUAGGCAUGAAAUCUACGUUGCAAUCAAGCAAGACUUGACUUUCCCCCAUCUUUAUUGUUGUUAAAAUAUUUUAGGGGCGGUAAGGGGAGGUUUUGCGCUUAGCUCUGUAGACACCGGCAGAAAUUAAUUCUCAGAUAACAUGCGAUGAAAGGCGAUAGAAUGUUCAAUCAUGCUCCUAUUUUACGAAAACGUCUUCAUCUUGUGCUCACAAAGAACCUCUGUGUGUCUCUAAGCUUUGCUCUGCAUUCUCAGCUGGAAAAAGUCUGUGUAGGAAAGCAGAGUUUUUCUUGUAGACAAACCCCUAGUACUGGAGGAACUUUCCUGCAAGACUGAUUUUCUGAGUCUCAACUGUUUGGUUUCCAUUUUAUGGGACUGCUUUCUUCCAUGGAGACACGAGAGAGAGGUAGAGAAUUAAGCAUGCAGCAGAGAAAACAGAGGUGGAGAUAUGUGUCUCAUUCAUUCCUAUUGCCAGAACUGGAACCCAUAGGGGUCAUCCCAUUGAAGUGAAUGAGUGGGAAAUUCAGGACAGAGAAAAGGACUGAAUGGAGCGACGGUUAGCAACUGGAAAGGCUUAGAAAGGCCUUGGCCCUAUUCUUGGAGUGGGAGAUGCCCAUGGCUACUGGCUUUGUUGGUCUAAUUCCACCUGUGAUGGCAGAGACUGUCUGUGUAUUUAGCCUAGUAGCUGGGGAACAUGGAUAGAAGGGUGCCGUUGUUUCAUUGUCUGCUCUGUGGUUUGGCCUCUGCGUGAACAGGAUGUUACCCAAGAUGGAUCCGUGCCCUCAUCUAGCAUGUAAUUUUUCUCUCCUUUUCUCCAGACAUUCAUUAAGGUCUUCUUGUCGUGAACGGAGCCGGCUAGUGCCGGAGGUCAGACUAGAUGGCCCGGGAGACCCCUUCUGACUUGCUCUGUUUCUAUGUUUCUUCAGGUCUCCUUGGUGGUUGCUUUUCAUUUGAACUUCAUGAGCUUUCUGUUUGAUAACAAAAAAGGGCUGAUGCAAAUCGUUAUAAGAAACUGAAUAAAAAGCUUCACUCUUUUUGACUGCUAA